AUGACGGCAGAAGAACUUGUGGCACAGCUUGAUGUGCGGUUUCAGCAGCUGGCUGUUCUGCAGCAGGAAAUGGGCCAACCUUUGGAUAGCCGCGAGAAUGAGAAAAACGCCUUGGUUUCAGACUUGAUCCAAUUGGCAGAUCAGCACGUUCAUACAAUGACCCAGCACCGCGACGCCUUAAAUGCUCAAUGCGAACAAAUACGGACCAAUAUCAUUACUUAUUAUCGACUCUUGGGGGAACCUGUGCCGUCAACCACCACCAUUCACGUAAAACAGGACACCCUCCAAGCAACGGCCGAUAAUUGGCAAACCGAAGAAACAGCGAUCAAACAACGUUAUGAUGCGAAAUUGGCCAUUGUUCAAGAGUUGUACAGUCAGCUGAAGCACCACGCCGUUGUACUAAGUGAUUUUGCCAAUGUGAAUCUCAUGACCGAUACAGAAAUUGACGUUUCGCCCUCGGCUAUGGAUCAGUUGAAAGAAGAAAUUAGACGCUGCGAAAACGAAUAUUUAUGCCGAAUCGACCAUUUGCAAGAGUGUGCCAAGCAAUUAAAGCAGUUAUGGUCGUUACUCGGCUUGGGACCGCAAACGGAAAAAGAACAGCUCUUGCAACAGCUGCACCCUGGCUUGGGAGGCGAAAGAAAAGACUGGAUUUGCAGAGAAUUGUUAAAAGGAGAUGCAUUAAAUCAUAUCAUGCACAAGAUUGCCGAGCUCGAAGAGAUGAAACAGCAGCGCGAGUUUAGAAAGCAUGAAAUUGAAGGUACAUUGUAUCCGUUGUGGGACAAGCUGGGGGUGGAUCCAGAAGAGUACCUGGCCUUUCUGGAAACCAGCAACGGAUUAUCGGAUGCGGAUCUCGAAAAGUAUGAAAUGGAAAAAGAACGAUUGCUCAGGAUGAAAUUGGAACGAGCCGAAGAGUUUACUCUUAAAGUACGCGACGAGCUUCAUCAGUUAUGGGAUCAGUUGUACUUUUCCACCGACGAACGCAAACAGUUCAAGCCGGCCUUCACAGAUGAAUUCAAUAAUCACGCGUUAAAGGCCCAUGAAGAUGAACUUGCACGCCUUCAGCUACUGAUCGAGGAUCGGAAAUACAUACUGGAAAAGGUGGAACGGCAUAGAACCCUAAUGAAAGAAGUGGAAGAAUUCCAGGCUACCACCAACGAUCCUUCACGACUACUUGGAAGAGGCAAUCGGGAUCCUGGUCGAUUAUUAAGGGAGGAAAAGUUCCGAAAACGAAUCGCAAAAGAACUUCCCAAGAUCAAGAAAGAGUUGGAAGGAGCACUACGCGAAUAUCAGAUCUCUACAGGAACCCCGUUCACAGUCUAUGGAAAACCAUACAUCGAAAUUAUGCAAGAAAGCGAAAAGUCAAACAAACCAAAGCCAACAGCACGAGCAGAGCUGAUGGUCGAAGACGACAUGCCAUUUGAUUUGUCCGAUAUGAGUCCCAGUCGAAAUUCCACACGUCGAGCCGCGCUAGCCAGAGGCGACAUCUUCCGCACGCCUCAACCGAUCCGUGUCCGUGACAUGGGCGAUUCUGUGCUUGCUCUGCGAGAAGAGUGGCAACGCGAGUUGUCCGAGUCGUCGUCCAGUAGCAUUUUACAUCGGGUCAGGGAGAACAAUCUCAAGAAACGUGUGGUGGCACGUGCAUCCCAUCGAAAAGCUUUACGCCGACAGCGCACGGGCGGCGCCGCCGUCACCGUGUCUUCCGGCAGCGAUGAGAACGUGGCUCCAUUCAAAGCGUGGCACGAGCCCAUGGUUGCGCCAACAAAAUCCUCGAAACGCGGGACGAGACGACCAGAAGUAUUGACGCGCAGUGAUGACGAGCUCUCGCUGGACCUGGGUGUCUUUGAUGACGGACCUGAAUUGAGCGAUAUGUCAGAAGACGGUUUUCAGUAA